AUGCAUUUUGCAUUCCUAACCAUCCCUUCUAGCGGAGAAUUUAACGUUCAGCUCGCAACUGCCAAUGAGCUAGUCAAAUCUGGAAAUAAGGUCACUUUCCUCAGCGGAAAAGAAUUAGGCAAACAUGUCGAUAAUCUUCGGAAAUCCCAAUCUGAUCCGAUCUCUGCACAUUUGGUCAACUUUAUCCCUCUUGGUCAACAUAAAUCAGUAACAGAUUUCUCACCAACUGUCAGAAAUCGACUAUCUCAAAUGCGAAGGAAGCCUGGCGAUAUUCGAAGUCUUCAAGCUUGCAUCGAUAUUGGCUUUCCAUCUUGGGAAGAUUUUCACGCUACCGCAAUUGACGUUUCUGAAGUAUUGCAGAUUUUGGAUCCUGAUAUGGUCGUCGUUGAUGCUCUAUCACCGGCCAUGAUCACUGGAGUUCGCCUUACCGGUCGUGCAUUUUAUCUCACUAUCCCAUGCUCACCCGGAUUAACGGCAUCAAGCAAUCUAACUUCUCCACAUGCUGCUAGUGAGAAAAGGGAUGGGUUGAGUAGUGUUCUAGAAAGCUCAUAUUUACGCAUGCGAGACUACUUAUAUUGCAUUCAAAAACCUUCUUACUUGAGCAAAUCUAGAAAGCUUCAACAACAGCUUUCACUUAAAUCAUUCGGACUCCGUCAAAAUGUAACGCUUUUACCACCAUACUGGAAAGAUGCAAAUUGCCUGGGAGGAAUCCAUUUCAAUGUACCCGGAUUGAAUGAUUGUCCUCAACAACCUUCUUCGGUAACAUUUGUCGGAGCAGGAAUAUCACCUUUAGAGCCUAAGCUGGACAAUCUGUUGACUCAAACAAGAACUGAUACAGAGCAAUGGCUCGAUGAUGCAUAUGCCUCGGAUCAAUCUGUCGUUUUUGUAAAUAUGGGCAGUAUGUUCGUCUGGUCAAAGAAAGAAUUUCAACAAAUGAUCUCAGCGUUCGAGAUUGUACGCAAUCACUAUCAAGGGUCUGUACGAUUCUUGUUCAAAGCAAGUUUAAAGGAUGGCCAAUCCGCAAAUGCACUGACGGAAAAGCAGAGUGAGUAUAUCAGACUCUCAGGUUGGAUCGAAGAUCAAAAUGCCGUUUAUCAACAUCCUGCUUUGAAAGUCUUUCUCCAUCAUGGAGGUGGCAAUUCAUUUAAUGAGGCAGUAUUUUUUGGAAUUCCUCAACUAAUCAUUGGGCAAUGGCUUGAUCAUCACGAAUAUGGUUUUCUAGUGGAAAGAUAUGGAAUGGGCCUACGAUGCAAGAAAGCACCUUUGAUUGAUUCACGUUCGGUUUCAGCUUGCUUGAUCAAAAUGUUAGGACCCGAAUGGAAAUCUAUGAAACAAUCAAGCGUUCAAUGGUCAAUACGUUCUCAAUUAGCAGGCGGUCCAAAGACGGCUGCCAAGCUGUUAAUUAUGAACACAAAGAGACCAUCAAUUUCAUCCGUUUCAUCUGGACUUUCAACGCCACUGACACUUUUGGGAGAUAUGGAGAAGAGUAAUCUAUAGAAUACACUUUUUUCCACACAUAUAAUCAUCAAAUCGAAUCUUUAAUAUUGUACAUCUUUAUACAUACUUACUUGGUAUCUUUAAUUUGGGAAUGAAUGUCAUCUACUACAAACGAGCACUAUCUUGAACUUCGACCUGUAAACCACGUAUAAUAUCUCCGACC